UCCCAGUCAUGUGACAGAUGUUUGUGUUCGCUUCCUGCCUUCAGUUUUAUCGCCUCAUCACGUGGAAGUCAAAACCCCUGACUGGCUUUGUAAGGUUUAAAAUAAGGUUAAUUUAUCUCUACCUCGGGAUUUUUUCCCCCCAGGACUGUUGAGGAGGACGGGAUGUCUGACGGGGAACGGUCGCCUCUUCUGUCCGAUCAACACGACGGGACCAACGGCUUCUCAACUGGUCAGAUCGGACAUGGAUAUCAGAGAAAACCCCAGAGUUUGGCGCCGUUCCCCAGCUCGCUGGCUCCAGAUGAGCCUCCACCCCCGUAUUCCCCUCAGGGCAGCCCGGACAGCAGCAGCGCUCCGGUCAUCAGCUGCCGGGUCUGUCAGAGCGCCAUCUCCGUGGAGGGCAAGACGCACCAGCACGGUAAGUGCAGCAUCUGCAACGAAGCCACGCCGAUAAAGAACGCUCCGGUUGGGAAGAAGUACGUCCGCUGUCCCUGCAACUGUCUCCUGAUCUGCAAAGUCACGUCUCAGAGGAUCGCCUGUCCGAGGCCGUACUGUAAACGUGUCAUCAACCUGGGGCCGGUUCACAUCGGGAGGGAGAGUCCGGAGCCGCAGCAUCAGCCCGUCGGCAUCAGGAUCAUCUGUGGACACUGCACCAAUACAUUCCUGUGGACAGAGUUUUCAGACCGAACUUUGGCCCGAUGUCCACACUGCAGAAAAGUCUCUUCUAUUGGUCGGCAUUACCCCAGGAGGAGGAGCCUGCUGUGCUUCCUGCUUUUCAUCGUCCUCGCUGCCUCCACUGCAGGACUGGUGGUCGGCACGUGGCAUCCCGCUCAGACCUCUAAAGGGAUCUACGUCUCCUGGAUUCUGCUCAUCCUCCUCGCUCUGUUCACCAUGGCCAGAACCAUCUACUGGAAGUGUCUGAAGAUCAGCGCCCCCAUAUCCAACAUCACGUAGAAAGGGGGAGACAGAGGGGAGGAAAGGAAGGACAGGAAGUUGAGAGGGCUAGUGGAGGAAGGGAACAAAGCAUAGAUGAGACAAUGAGAGAGGAAAAGAUGCAUUAAACGUCAAACUCAAGGUCGAGGAGAUUUAACACAAAGUAAGUAAGACAUGCGGAUCGUUCGGGGACGGUUGCUUGGGAAGAGGAUGCAGAAAAACAAAGUUAAACGAGAGAAGAAAGCAGAAAAAGUGUGUUUAAUUUAUUCGUUUUUGACCCGGUAGUUUUCCCCUUAUGUUGUUUCAAUUAGAUUAAUGUUCAUUAUUCCAACAGGAUGUGCCCAAACUGUAAAGACAUGAUAGUAAAAGAAGAACUAAGAAUCAGUAAGGACAAGACACAUGUUACGUCAUAUAAUGUAUGCUGAUCAUUGGAGGAAAGAGGGGCGUCUUUUUGUUAUUCUGUACUAGAAAAGAUCAAAAGAAUUACAACGAUUCCUUCAGAAAUACAAAUAUAUUCGCAUUUAAACUCAAAUUUGAGCUGAUUUUCUUACAAUUAAUACAAAGAAAUACAUGUUUGUUUUAGGGCGCUGUUCGUUAGAUAACAUGCAUUAUAUUAUGUUGGAAAUAUAAGUAAUGAAUGUUGUACAUGGGGACAUUUGUUAGGCAUUAAUUCAGGAUUAAGUGGCAUCAUUUCUCAUAAACCAGAUCAUCUCACAUUUACAUUUUGGGGCAUUUAAUUAUUUAUUUCUUUGCUUGAAAAUGAUUCACAUCAGAGAUGCUUACAGUUCUUCUACACGUCACUGGAAAUGAGUAAAAUAUAAGAUAUCAUUUUCCUCUAAAUGCUUUUUAAACAGUCCAGCGCACACAGGGAGCGACUUAUUUAUUCCUCUCUUUUUAAUCCACCUCUCAUUUGACUCCAACUGAACACCAGUGAAGCGAUGUCUCUUCUGUAAAAGUGUAAAUAAAUAUAUAUCCGGGUGGAUGUUGAUUAUUUUGGUCUGUACAGAAUUAACGAGCUGCCCCCCCCCCUCCCCCGUGGCUGAGUGAUGUAAGUACCUGCUGACUGUGAAACCUGUUGCACUACAUUGUACUGAUGAACUACUGCUGUACGCAUAUUAUUCCGGUGGAUGGAUUUCUUUUGUAUAUUGUGAAACAAAGAAGUAAUACUUUUAACAACUC